AUGACACCCCGCAAGUCAGGCGCUGGGGCAGACCAGCGCACACAAACAUUCCGCAUCAGCUUCAAAAGGACACUCGCCGCCUAUCUCCCAGCGAGAAUGUAUCUCCGAUACAAAGAGUUUGACUGGGUUAAUAUCAUAUUCAUGACUGGAAUGCACCUUGCUGUGUGCGUUGGUGCUUUCCGGACCCCUUUUCAACUUAAAACUGCGAUUUGGAUGUGCCUAUAUGAUUAUCUCAUCGCCCUUUCUCUCACUGCUGGCUAUCAUCGCCUGUGGUCUCACAGGUCGUACCAUGCUUGUCUAGCGCUCAGGAUAUGCCUGGCUACAUUAGGAGCUGGUUCAUUCCAAUGGUCUAUUAAAUGGUGGUCAUAUAAGCAUCGUGCACACCAUCGUUAUAUCGAUACCGAUUUAGAUCCAUAUAAUGCUCGCAAGGGUCUCUUAUAUUCUCAUAUCGGCUGGCUGUUGUUCAAGGAUGAAGGUAAACGGGCUGGGAAAAUAGAUGCCGCUGACCUAAAUGAGGAUCCUGUUGUUAUCUGGCAGCAACGCAAUUAUGUUCCUCUAUCCCUCUUGGCUGGCAUUGUGUUUCCAAGCCUGGUAGCCAGCUUAUGGAAUGACUUGCCGGGAGGUAUUGUUUAUGCGUCCUGCCUCAGGGUUGUUUUCCGCUGGCACAUGACGUUUUGUACCAAUUCGCUGGCACAUUAUAUGGGAGAGCAACCUUUCGAUGAUCGUCAUUCUCCGCGCAAUCACCUUUUCACUGCUCUCCUGACUUUAGGGGAGGGAUACCAUAAUUUCCAUCACGAAUUUCCCAACGACUACCGAAAUGGAAUUGAGUGGUAUGACUAUGACCCCACGAAGUGGAGUAUAUGGAUCUGGAAGCAACUGGGUUGGGCAUCCCAGCUUAACCAAAUCCAGGUCAAUGAGACUGAGAAAUCACGUCUGCAACAACUCCAGAAGCGUCUUGACAACAAGCGUGCGACGCUUAUUUGGGGUCCCGACCUAGACGAACUCCCUGCAAUUGAGUGGGAUACAUAUGUCGAAGAAGUCAAGAAUGGUGCUCGGCUUCUGGUUAUAGAAGGGGUCGUGCAUGAUGUUACGGAGUUUAUGGCGGUCCACCCUGGCGGAAGGGCGAUGAUAACCGCCAACAUUGGAAAGGACGCAACUGCUAUGUUCCGCGGUGAAGUAUACAACCAUUCCAAUGCCGCGAAUAAUCUACUAUCCACCAUGAGAGUAGGCGUCAUCAUUCCUCGUAAUGAUGGUGAUGCCGGGGAUAGCCACACCUCGGCAGUAUCAACAGGUCUAUCCCGUUGA